UAUAAAAAUAGAGAUAACGUACAAUUUACGUGCUACAAACAUUGUAAUAUUUUAUGAGCAAAAAGUGAUACCUCGAGAUUCCUUUGAAUACAAUUACAAGAUAUAUAUCUCACUUCGGCAUUCAAACCUCUUAGAGGAUCUGUCGUUAGCUGUUGGCAUUACCCUUCAAAACCCUUUUCCAAUAAAACACAGACUGAUUCCAAUAAUAACAUGGCCAAUGAAACUGGAUCGAUUCGAGGGAAAACAAUUUUCAUGAACUCGGAUAGGCUAGGGAAUUUGGUCUUUAAACUUAAAAUUAGAGCUAAAAAUUUGAAUUAAUCAAAAAGUAAUGACAAAUAAUGGAUGUAUAGAUAAUAUUUGUCACAAAGAAGUAAAGCUAGGCACGUCAGUUGCACUUCGUAAUCAUGAAAAUUUAAUUUGGUGUCAGGAAAAAGAAAGACUUACACCCUGGGGGAGAUUUUCUUUGUCUAUACAGUGUCUUUGGUGGUUUUAUAAAUUUUAGAUUUGUUUGAAAACACGAGAUCUCGUUCGUACGUUAGUUGAUAAAAGUACUUAAUCAAGGGCUGGUUCUGAGUAAAGAUUAGUGUAUCUGAAUAGCACACUUUAACGUUACGAUAGACAACAAAGAGAAAGACAUGAAAACAGGAAGUUUUAUACAGUGUAUAUUUAAUUUUAUUUUGGUAUUUCCGAUUUUCCUCAACCCCUGGGAGCUAGCACAUGGUCAAGACUGUAGUCGCCCACAGCCAGUAGGCCUGGAAAACCGUCUCAUCCCUGACUCCAGAAUAAAAGCUUCUUCCUGGCUUAGCGACCACCCCGCUUACGAUGGCCGCUUGGGGAAUGGUAAUUACUGGUGCGCGAUGUCACAUGACCAAGACCAGUGGCUUGAGGUGGAUAUCGGCGAGAAGAUGAUGUUGCUUUUCGUGGCGACCCAAGGGAACGGUAGAGAUGCAUGGGUGUCAUCCUUCUACCUUCAGUUCAGCCCUGACAAUAUGACAUGGUACUGCUACGGUACCGAGAAAAACAUUGCCUUGAUAAGAGGGAAUAGCGACGCAGGGACGGUCCUUUAUGGUUCAAUGUUCCCUUCUAUCUACACGCGUUACCUUCGCCUCAACCCUCACACAUGGGUCAAGGAUAUAUGUCUGCGUUUAGAAAUCUACGGCUGCCGACCUCUCAACAAAACCGCAGAAACGCUUCCCGGUGUAGAGAUGGGCCCGCCUUGUCGGGUAGUGAGAGAGGUCUUAACAAAACCCCCAACGGCUCACACAACGUCAGCCCCAACAACCACUGCAAUUACAAUUAUUCCAAUAUCUUCCCUUCGCAUACGAGUACCCAAGUACAUCAAAACGAACGUAACGGUUUCAAUGUCAAUGUACUUCCACUACGGCACAUCACCUACUUACGUCUGGGCGCUCGGUGAUGGAAUGGAAUUUCGGACACUGCGCAAGGCUUUCCUGUAUAGCUACCGAAGGGCAGGGGUGUACAGAAUCUCACUAACAGGCUACAACGAGAUCAGUAACCAAACCGUUUACGAUACCAUCAUCGUGCAAAACGCCAUCAAAGGGUUGAGAUACAUAAAUGAUAGCUUGCCGGUGCUGAUUGGCUCAACGGCCAGCAUCCGUUGGGAGCUUCAGCAAGGAACCAACGCGACAUUCACCAUAACAUUUGGGGAUUCUUCCGAGACAGCUAUAUUACAUAGAUUAGGGCCUGGUCGUCACCUCUUACGACACAACUACACAAAUGUUGGCACUUACUCAGUCAAGGUAGUGGCGUCUAACAUAGUAGGAGCAACCACAACCAUCACUGGCAAGAUAGAAGUGUUAUUCGAUAUUGCAAUACAUGGUCUAGCCAUCACUGUAAAGCUGCCGAGACGAGCCAAAAAUGGUACAAAAACAGUGUACAUGUGUGUUGGAGAAUAUAUCGAUGUUUCUGUAACAAUAUCCGAAGGUUCAAACGUCAAGUGCUAUUUUGACUUCUACGGUGACGGGUCUAGUCCGAUAGGAUUCUCCUCGCAUCGCUAUAACAGGACAGGGGAAUUUACUAUCAACGUUACUUGCAUGAACGGUGUGAGUGCUAAAAGCCGAUUGUAUCCCAUGGUUUUUGUUAUCCAAGAGGCAGAACCCAUCAAAGGGCUUUUUCUCCAAGCUCCCAUUGUCCAAUAUGGCACUCCCUGGGCAUUUGACCUUAGUAUGAGCCAAGGCAAAGGGUUUCUUUGUGAAUGGAGCUUUGGAGAUGGCAAUGAAAUAGAAACUGAUUACUCGGACAUAAAUAGAAUAGUUUAUCAUAAUUAUUCUAAUAUUGGAGAAUACAGAGUCCUUAUCGCCUGCGAAAAUUUUGCUGCAGUGAUUACCGCAGAGCGACUAGUUGAGGUGCAAGUACCUAUACGCGAGCUAGAAAUAUAUCAAAACUCGUCUCACACAUCACCAGAUGCACCAGUAAAUUUUACUAUAUCCUGGAGCUCAGGAUCGAAUGUUCGUAUUGAGUUGGAUUUCGGUGUCGGAAAAAUACUAAACUUUAAUCGAACUGAAAUAACAAACAUAAGUUGCGUAUCGACGGUGCAUAGAUACGAGUAUGCUGGAGUGUAUCGCACACACGUAACGGCGAGGAAUAUACUUGGGGCGGUUACUGCUUUAUCUGCUCAAGUGUUCGUACAAAAUCCUGUACUGAGACUCUCGAUUUGGUCUGAUGGCCCGGUGACCUUGGCCCAUGGUGUGAUGACAUUCAACUUGUCCGUACCGGAGGAUAAAAUGCUACCGACAAAUGCCACCUGUGCAUGGGAUUUUGGCGAUGGUAAAAAUGUAAUUAGAGCACUUGUAUCCCAUUCCCAAGCUAUUUCCCAUCUGUACUUAGAUCCAGGCUAUUUUACGAUCACUGUAGUAUGCUUUAACAACGUCAGCUCAUUAACAGUGGAAACAUUGGGACAUGUCCACAAGCGAACCUCGUUAUAUCUUUCUGCAGGCCCAAGUCUGACGAACCUCACAUGUACCCAAUACAAUAGAACUCUGUCUGGUCAUUGUAUUUUUUCAAAUGAAAUGGAAGUAAUUUUCAGAGUGCCAUCUCAGCAAUACGAUCAGCGGUAUGUCUGGCAAGUCCUAAAUAAUAAUGUAACACAUUUUACAAAGUAUCCGUAUUUCUCUCAUACUUUCACCAAGCAAGGAACAUAUAGUAUUAAAGUAGCAGUUAUAAACCUUCUCUUUCAAGGUUCUGCGUCAAUAAAUGUGACUGUAAUGCAACCCAUAUUAAACGUUACGUUCAUUGCGGACAGGAUUACUUUGCUUAGAAGUUCUACGAUGUUUUACAUAAAUGUUGAAGAUUUUGGGACUGGCGCUUGUUACCAAAUCAACUUUGGUGAUGACUCGCCAAAAUUAGUAAUCGGUGGAGUCAACUGCCAUGCACAUCCAGAACACUAUACUCAAAUCUUCGCAGGCUCAAGUAACACGAGCCUUACUUUCCGACACAAGUUCACUUCGGAAGGCUCUUACUCUGUAUUGUUAUACGGCUAUAACGAUGUUUCUUCGGUGAGACUUAACACGAACGUCAUCGUCCAAAGACCGGACUGCUUAAUUCGUCAGAUCAAUUUCACAAGGUCUAACGAUAAUAAAGCUAUAAACAUCAGCGAGGUCCUUAAGUAUAGAAAAGCUGAGGGAUUUUCAAUAGGGUUUUCAUACAACGGAAACUGCAGUCUUGCGGAGGGAGUAUUGUUGCGCUGGCUGGUCAAGAAAUCCGAUGGACAAAAAAAGGAGCUCACAAAAAUUCAGACGUAUACCUCCGUUCCAGCAAUACUGAACAUAACCGCUCGCUCCUUGGAUUACGGUCAGUACGAAUUUCAAGCGCUUGUCUCCCCAUUCGGGCCUGAUAUCAUACUACUAUAUAAUGAAACCCAGGCUUCACGAACGUUAUUGAUCAACAUAGUGCCAUCAUCACUUAAGGCGUACAUCAUAGGCGGGGCUUCUAGAUCUGUCGGUUCACACUCCAUGCUAACUUUAGAUGGAACACUUUCCUUAGACCCUGAUGUCGGCGAAGGCGAGAAGGACACGGACCUACAAUUCAUCUGGUUCUGUACGAGGCAAGAGGGUGAUGGCUCCAAAGGAUGUUUUGGUAAUAUCAGUAAAGCAUUCUCGCUAGAAAAGGUCGUCUCAAUGUCUACUAGAGGCUUGAUAGAGAAUGCUGUUUACAAAUUCAAGCUACUGAUAAAAAAAAAUCACAGGAAUGCGACGUAUGAUCAAAGUGUUCUGGUUGUUCAAGGAGCUGCACCAACAAUGCAAAUAACGUGUAUGGCUAACUGCAGAGCAAGGCUAGUCCCUUCCACAAACCUGGUCCUCUCCAGCUCUUGCGUGGACUGCUUAUCGACAAGUUUGUUACUGUAUAAAUGGGAAAUACAGAUCCGGGCAGGUUACACAAGCUGGAAAUCAUUACCACAGGUGUCUACCAGCACAGGCCUCGAAAGGUCAAACCUCAUUAUCUUAUCCAACUCCCUGCAAGAAGGAUCCACCUACAGAUUCAGUCUACGCUCCUGGAGGCCUGGUGGCAAGGCGGGGCUAUCGGAGUUACGUGUCAGUACAAAUACCGGGCCUGCCAAUGGCACAUGCGCAGUGGACCCCUCAUUCGGGGAAGCUAUGACGACACGGUUUAAGAUAUAUUGCAGGGACUGGGAAGACCCGGAUACGCCCCUGAAAUACAGAUUUUCCUACGAAUACGACAAUCAAUUGAAUGUGUUGUACACAGGUCUAUCGAAUGAGACAUCGACUAAACUGCCUAUGGGAGAAAGUGACAGCGUCCUUGUGGUGGUGGUUAUCAUCUCAGACUCAUAUGGUUCAAGUUCAGAAGCACGGAUAGAAGUGCAGGUUAAAAAUCCGAGUUCGGUAAAUUUAAGCUCCUUAACAAGUGGAAUGGACAGUGUUGGAAGCAGCAAAGAAAACACACAGCAAGCUCUACAGCAAGUUGCGAUCAUCGGCAGUUUCCUGAAUUCCUUAGCAGUCCUCAGCAGUGGAAGCAACAUCGAUAGCAGUGGAGGGGAUGGGCAUGCUUCCAGUGGAGCGGGCAGUUCUAGUGGAGGUGCUUCCGGUGGAGCAGGCGGUUCUAGUGGAGGUGCUAACGGUGGAGCGGGCAGUUCUAGUGGAGGUGCUUCCGGUGGAGCAGGCGGUUCUAGUGGAGGUGCUUCCGGUGGAGCAGGCGGUUCUAGUGGAGGUGCUUCCGGUGGAGCGGGCAGUUCUAGUGGAGGUGCUUCCGGUGGAGCAGGUGGGUCUAGUGGGGCUUCCUUAUCUACAGGGAGCGAUUCAGGCAGCAGCUCUAGUGGUAAUGGAGGUGACUCUUCAGAUGGAGGCUCUAACAAGAGCAGCACCAAUCAAAGUGGCAACUCUAGUGAAUCAAGCGCGUCUCAAGCGGAAAGAGAAAAAGAGCGAAUAAUGCAAGCCACGGCGGCUGCAAGAAGGCAAAGAAUCGAGGUCAGAGAGCGAAUACUUGUUCAAGUAUCGGGCAUCCCUUUAGCAUCUUCAGCUGACCUGGAGCUAACAAGCAACGCCCUUCGAUCAGUCACGCACAGGAGCGAGGAGUUGUCGAGUACAGCACAGGCAGCUGGGCUGAAGUCUUUGUCUAACAUUGGGAGCGUUCUCACCGCAUUGUCAAGUUCCGAUACACCUGCCGAUACAGUAGAAAGAAUCGGAAAGGCGGUCCUUACCAGUCUGGCAAGUAUCAUGGAAGCAGCUUUAAGCCUUGGCCAACAAAACAACCGUAAGGAUAUUCUUCGGAACCUUACAUGUGACAUCACGAGAAUCAUAGACGACACCAGCUUCUCUUUAUCUACUCAAAAACAGAUAGGAGAGAACCCAUUAUUAGUCAAUACAAGCCAAUUUACACUUGUAGCAGACAGACACGACAGCGUAUCGCUCCAAGGGAAACGAUUUGUUUUAACGUCCGGAAGCUUCACAAUCCCUAAAAAGUUUGGGAUUCCAGGAGUACAACGUCGCACACCACUGAAUGUUCAGGUUUUAGAAUUCAAGGAAAAUGUCUUCGCCUAUUCUAGCAAUGUUCCUGUCAAUUCGUCGUUGAUCGCUAUGAAAUUCCUAGACGAUUCAAAUCGUGAAAUACCAGUAAGAAAUCUGCAGCAGCCAAUCAGGAUUUUGAUAACUGUUCCAUUGGUGUUAAUACACAACUCUGAAAAACACUCGAUUGACUUUAAAGAGGAAAGGAAUAAGUUACUGAGGGUGCAUCAGUUUGGACGUGCGAGGAACGCGAGUUCCAUUAUAAUCGCUUUAAACGCAUCUACAGACAUACCAGAUGUUCAAUGGAUGACAUUUUUCCAGAAAAGCCACUUACCUAACAUAAACAGCUCUACAUUCUUUAACAUGGAAACAAAAGAAGACAAGAGUAUAGUGAGUGACUACCAAGUAUUAAUUGAACAAAAGAAACUGAACUUCAGCGGUGUUUACAAUAUUGGACUGCUUCCAUUGAUCCCAAGCCGUCACCAGAAGAGCUGGCAAACUGGCAAUGUGUCUCUUUCUUACACACUGCAUGUGUACGAGGCCGCUUGUUACUAUUGGGAUGAAAGGAGUGAGGGAUGGGGGACCGACGGUUGUAUGGUUGGGAAGGCGACACGCCCUGGCAUAGUGGAGUGCAUGUGUGACCAUCUCACGGCUUUCGGUGCAAACUUCCGCGUCCUUCCAACGAGUGUAGUGCCACCAGUGGUUACCACAGUUUCCAAAGCAGACCUUCCCUAUACAAGGCCUAUUAGGACGCCCCUGGUAUUGGCACUGGUCAUGACGGCCUUUGCGUGUUACCUUAUCAUGCUUGUCUGGGCGCGAAGAGAGGAUAUACGGGAUGACAAAAGGGCAGAGAUAUACUCCUUGGAUGACAACUCGGGCAUGGAUAAAGGCCACUACGAUGUUACCGUCUACACCGGUAUGUCCAACGACGCAGGCACAACCUCUACCGUGUGCUGCCUUAUAGAAGGAGAUCGCGGGCAGACCACACCUCGAGCACUCUUUGACCCCUCUAGAAUACGAUUUAAGAGGGGCGCCGAAGACUCUUUCUACCUCACCACACCAGAGCCCUUAGGGACCAUCUCGGACCUGACCGUGUGGCAUAGCGAUUCGGGUAGAAGUCCCUCCUGGUACCUGCGCAGGAUUGUAGUCUCUGACCUUAUCUCUGGGAAAAGCUUCAUUUUUUUGUGUGAGCGAUGGCUAGCCGUGGAGUAUGAUGACGGUCAGGUCUCUAGGAGCCUAAGUGUUGCGUCAGGCAAAGAAAUAAAUAAUUUCCGUCAUUUGUUUUACAGUAAUGUUAAAAGUGCUUUUGUUGAUCACCAUAUUUGGGUUUCAGUGUUGUUUAGACCAGCCAAAAGUAAUUUUACCCGUGUGCAACGCCUAUCAUGCUGUCUGCUGCUUUUCUUGGCAAUUAUCUUGGGGAAUAUAAUUCUUCGUAACGUCUUUAAUUAUCGAACUGUAAUACUGUCGAUAUCAGAUUACUCGCUCAGCACUGCGGAUAUAUACGUCGGAGCUGUGGUUGGGUCUCUGGUAAUGCCAAUAAGCCUACUCUUGGGCUUUAUGUUUCAAAUGAUUGAAAGGAAACCUACAAAGGUCGUCGGUACUUCAAAGGACGCACCAAAAAGCACAGAAAAUAACGAGCCCCACCAAGGUGUAGAUCAGUUUGAAGACAUUUUGAAAUGGCUAGACGAAGGCCAAACACUCGAGAGUACCAGUGACGUAGACAGACAGGCCUUUCAUGGUGAGAACUUACAGGGUAAUGUCAACGAUGGAUUCACCAGCAGUGCACGCGUGUUUGAGACGGAAGAGGAAAUGAUAGAGACGUUUGAGACUUCUAGUGAUAAGCCAACUGCACCGGUAGAUAAACCCAAUAAAUACGACAUCUCCCCACAAGUGGCUCUGAAGUACAUGCAAUCUGACAAGACGGCUACGAAGCUCGAGAAGUACGUACUGCGGAACAGGCUAAUUCAAAAGCACAGACUGCCUUACUGCUGCGUCGCGGUGGCCUGGAUACUCCUGGGGACCCUUAUCGGGGUGACAGCAUUUUUUGCAAUAACCCUCGGAUUGCAGUACGAAAUAAUGAUGUCCCAAUUGUGGUUUGUGACCGCACUAAUGGCAUUCCUAUUGGACUUUCUCGUCAUGCAGCCGCUGCGAGUACUGAUUACAGUUCUGUUUGAGACUUGGGCCUCAGCAAAGAGUGGUAAUGACAGACACGAGGACAUUACGCUGACAUUUGAAGACAUAGAGACGCUAGAGAAACACAAGAACCAGCAUCGCCAUGGCUACGUACCGGAAAUGACGUUUAGGCCGUACAACCCGAGUAGGAGAAAGAUAGAGUUGAAGAGGCAGCAUAGACUGAAGGAAAUCGAGAGGAUCAACCUCUUGAAGGAAUUGAUGGUGUACUUGGUUUUCUUGGGUUGUCUGGCCGGGGUUGGCGUGGGUCACCGCAGUCCCGAGGAGUACACUAUGGUGAAUACCUUGAGGAACGUUUUCCAAGAACCGUCAUUAGAUGAGCGUGGACUUGUACAGAGAUAUUGGGAAAAGGUCGAGAAGGAAUUCAUCGCUCUGCUUAUCGGGCUGGAAGAAGAAGGAGUACGUUGUAAUCCCGUCAACGGUAACUUAUGCUCCACCAUUCUCUUGGGCGCAACGAGGAUAAGGCAGUUACGAGUUGCUGCAGGGAGAUGCCCUGUGCAGCAAAACAUACAGACGUUGAUACCCGAGUGCAAUGUACAGUACUCCUGGAGCAACGAGGACACAGAGCCAUACCAAACAAACUGGACUUCUACUAUCAACGCCAGCCUACCCAGCGAAUGGACAUACAGUUCCCAGGCAGAGCUUCGAGGCUACCCUUAUGUCGGUUCUAUAGCUGUCUACGCGGGAGGAGGGUACAUCAAGGUUUUCAAGUUAUCAUCUCUAGAUGAACUUAACGCGCUUAAAAACUCCAACUGGAUAGACAAGUACACCAGAGCGGUGUUCUUAGAGAUCAGUCUGUACAAUGCACAGGUCGAUGUAUUUACAUCAGUUACCUUUCUCUCUGAAUGGUUACAGACGAACGAUGUGAUGUUUGUGAAGGAUAUCAGAACGGCGCGUUUGUAUCAUCGCCAAGGUACCAUCUACUUUGUGACAAUAGCAUGCGAAAUUAUCACCAUGGGUUUUCUUGUCUCCUUCGUUUACAAAGAAGUGAAGAAGGUCUGCAGAACUCGUGGGAAGUACUUCAAAGACAAAUGGAAUUGGCUAGAAGCAACGAUUCUGUUGUUGAUAGUAGCUAGUGGCUCAGUACUUCUCUUCCGCGAGACCCAGAAGGCUAUUGUGAUCGACAAUGCAAAAGAUCAGCUUCUUAAGAAAGGACGUCACUUCGUGAACCUCUAUCCCGCUGCUACCUGGGAUGACGCAUCGAUCUGUUGCCUGGGACUUGUGAUUUUCUUCAGCAAUCUCAAGCUUCUCAAGCUCAUGAGGUUCAACCAUCGUGUAUUUCUUCUCACACGAACGUUAUCUCGCGCUGCUCCCAAGCUUAUGUCCUUCUCCGUCGUGUUUCUUACUGUUUAUCUGGCCUAUGGAAGCUUGUAUUACCUGACCAUUGGCACAAACCUGAAAGAUUAUUUGUCGCUUGGCCGUACCCUUGAGACUCUAUUUUGUACGCUUCUUGGUCGAUUUGACUAUGUGCACAUGACUGAGGUGAUCCCGUUACUGGGCCCGGUAUUCUUCUUCUCGUAUAUGCUUUUCGUGGUUAUGGUUCUAAUGAACGUAUUCUUGGCCACGAUUAUCGACGAGUUUGCUGAGGUUUGUAAUGACGAAACCCUAAAGGCAAAUGAGGUACACUUGUUGCAUUUCAUUAGUGAGAGAAUCAGGCUGAAAUUUGGAAUAGAGUCUAAAGAAGUAGCUGGGAGAAGUAACAAAGGGUGUACUGAGGAUGAAGAUAGCGAAUCAAAGUUUAUUGAAACAAAGAUUGGCGCAAAGGACGGGGAUGUUCUAGACAUAUUUCGUAAAGGACCUGACGAUUUUGAAUGCAGAGUUAGUCCGAAACACUCUGGAACCCCUGAAACCAUUCCCAAAAUUACAAUUGAAUGCGCAGACAACAACGACAGUGAUUCCUUAAUAGACGCUAAAGGAGUUUGCGAUCUGAGUCUAAAUGCGGACAUAAAGUUAGAAGCGACUCCCCCGGCCACCCCUCGUCUGAUUAGAGUCCAGGAAUCACCACGACCUUGGAAAAGAUCCGCUCCGUCCAGACAAGUCUUGUCAAGCCCACUGUUUUCCAGACAUAACAUAAGAGACGACUUGGAAUCUUGUUGGUCACGUGACAGCGACACGCCGCACAUUCGACGGGGGACGCCCCUAUUACCAGACAGCAUUCGGGCAAUUGCUGUGUCCUUGUGGCGCCAUGAGAGUACAUCAUCUUCAGUUAGUACUACAAGUGAUGGCCUUACUUAUGGCCUGCCUAUUGACGAGAACAAAGAGCAAAGGGAGCCUUCUAUUCCUUUAAAUAGCAGCAGAGACGUAUACAAGGCAACAAAUAACAAUUAUAUCAUUGUAAAGUUACAGAAGCUUGCAAAGGCAUUUGUCAUCGUAUGUCUCGAUGAUUUAUUUGAAGAUCGAUUUUAUGAAUGGCUUGUCAAAAUAAGGGUUGCAUGAACUGGCAUAUAUCACUACUGAUUACACCUACUUCGAUUCUUUUUUAAUAACUUGAAAAUUUCAGAUAUUUAUCAUUCUUGCCAAAACAAAGCAUAGAUAAACUUUCGAAUUCUGAAAA